GCGGAGCUGCUAUAAAUGCGGCUGCCGAGGCAGCGCUGCGCUGUGAGCUGUCGGUCGCUGAGCGAGGCGAGUGACGGAGCUGCUGCUGCCGAGAUGCCCGAGCCGGCCAAGUCCGCGCCCGCGCCCAAGAAGGGCUCCAAGAAGGCGGUGACCAAGACGCAGAAGAAGGGCGACAAGAAGCGCAAGAAGAGCCGCAAGGAGAGCUACUCCAUCUACGUCUACAAGGUGCUGAAGCAGGUGCACCCUGACACGGGCAUCUCGUCCAAGGCCAUGGGCAUCAUGAACUCCUUCGUCAACGACAUCUUCGAGCGCAUCGCGGGCGAGGCCUCGCGCCUGGCGCACUACAACAAGCGCUCCACCAUCACGUCGCGCGAGAUCCAGACGGCCGUGCGCCUGCUGCUGCCCGGCGAGCUGGCCAAGCACGCCGUGUCCGAGGGCACCAAGGCCGUCACCAAGUACACCAGCUCCAAGUAGGCGCCUUCUGCCUUCUGCGUCCCAGAUUUUCAACCCAAAGGCUCUUUUAAGAGCCACCCACUUUCUCAGUAAAAGA